AUGAAUGAAUAUUCAUUGCCUUAUACACCACAGUUUGAAAAAUGCAAAGAUCCCAGCACUGAAUUCUAUGAAGAACAACUUAAUAAAUGUUGCAGCCAGUGCCCUCCAGGUCAAUAUAAGACAGGGAGCUGCAGUCACAAUGUGGACACAAAGUGCAGUCCCUGUAGACCUAACACGUAUACAGCAAUCUGGAAUCGCUCUCCUCAGUGCUUUGCCUGCUCACCACCCUGCAGGAAAGGAUUUGUGCAGAAUCAAACAUGCACUAAGUCACAGGACAGAAUCUGUAGCUGCCCACCAAAUGAAUACUGCAUUUCGAAAAUCUAUGAGAACUGCAAAAUAUGUAAAGUGCACAAAAAAUGUGGAAAAGGUUACCGAGUUUCCAGAAGAGGGACAGAUAGCACAGAUACAGAAUGUAAACCAUGUCCUCCUGGCACUUUUUCACAUGAGGAAUCUUAUGAUACCAGCUGUAUACCACAUACAGUUUGUAAAUCAGUGGCUAUUCCUGGAAACAGCAUGAAUGACACAGUUUGCAGCGACUCAGGAACAGUUGCCACAGUUCUACCUCACACUAUUUUGAACCUGUUCCUGACCCAAAGCUCAGUUUCCAACAAACCUGAAAUAAUAACUAGACCUGUCAUUUUAAACUCUGUACCUGACAUGUCUCACAUCAUCGGAUCAGUAGCAGGACCAUUGUUAUUGGUCAUGAUAAUGACUCUUUUGGGGUAUUGCUUAGUCUCCAAAAAAAAAGCCCUUGUAUACUCUCCACCAACUACAGAAGCAGAUUCGCCUUUUCCCCCUACAGAAAAGCAGUGUGACAAAAAAGUAAGAAAUACAGGAUCGCAAAACUCCAGCAGUUCUGAACAGGAGGAACAGCAUCUCUUGGAAACUUCUGGGUCCAGCAGUAGCUCCCUGAAUAAUCCAGCUGGGUCUGCAAGAGUCAGUGUAAUAAGUAACAAGAACAAUGAAAAGAAAGGAUUUCAGCAGCAACAUUCGGAUGCAGAAGGUUGUAAGCUUCACAGUGGAGACAGACACAACUCUGCGAGUUCAGAGCAUUCUGGUAAUGGAGGAACGCAGGUGAAUGUGACUUGCAUUGUUAAAGUAUGUAAUCCAGACUGCAGUUCCCAGUUCCCAGAACAGACUACUUCAACUAGCAUGGAUUAUGCAAAUGCUCCCUAUUAUUCCCCAACAGGGGAAGAAAUUCCCCUUUCGAAAGAAGAAAACCCCUUGAAAAAAGAAACUGAAAUUCAGAUCUCAGUGGAAAAUGAGGACAAUUUACUUCAAGACUUACUUCCAGAAGAAAAGAAGUUUCCUCUGGGUAUUCAAGAUGCGGGGAUGAAAACCAGUUAA